GCCCUUCAGAACGUCACGGUCGGCGACGUCAUCUCAGCCAUGGGAUCUGAAGCCCAUAGUCACGAAGCACUGUCGCGGCAGACGCAUCUGGCAAUCCUGAUCAACGGACGAUGGCAGCCAGAAGAGCAGCCAGUCGACUGGUGCGACAGCAUGCUCGAAGACACGUGCGAGGACUUGGAGAGCAGAGACCACUCGAUUCGCGACUCCGAACAGGCGGACUUCGAGGACGGGUUCGACGACUGGGACUGGGUCGACAGUGAGAUGCAGCGCGAAGCCGAGGAAGAUGCGCGUGAGAGAGUACAGUGGAGCAAAGAAAUGGAAAUCCAGAAUGAAUACCGCCAGCGUCUCGCCAACAUGACGGUGAAGUACCUGAACAUGCAAGGUAGCGAAAUCCACACCUCGAAGCCUUAUCCACUCUGCCAUGUCGAACCGUGCGAGUCUUUCCGGGAAGCCUGGCUGCACACUUUGCACGAAGGAAACAGCCCAGAUCGCCGUCUCUCCCUGCGCCAACUACGUCUCAGACGACAAGAAAUUAAGAAGCCUAUCCCGGCGGAAACGCUGCAAUAUCGCAGCGCCAGGGAAGUCUUGCUUCACGAUUUGGACAGCGGUCCUGCAGGACCCAUCCCCCUCGACACCACGAAGCUGGUCUUGGGCGGGGGCGUGAUCACAGACACCUGGAGCUGGCGUGAACUGUUGGGUCACAGCUUGAGCAACGACGUCGUGCACGUGCAAGUUGUCUACAUCUCAGAGAAAGCCACAGGCCCGUAG